UCUCCAAUGUCUCAACUUCUAGAACCCUCCUCUUAAACCCUUCUCAACCCUCCUCCUGUUUCUUCACUCUCUCUGUCACACCCACUUCAAAAGAUAAGAACUUUGCAAUUCCUGAACCGUAAUCUCUAGGGUUUCUCAGUCCCAAAUGGCUCCAGCACUUAGCAGAGGCUUGGCAAUUGCUUCUCUCGCCUCGCUCCCAUCAUCGUCAUCUUCGUUUUCACUGAAGAACAGCAAUAAAGUUUUGAGCUUGAGAAGCGCUUUUUUACCGCAAAAUGGGCUUAGAACGGGGUUCUCUUGCGGCGGGUUGAAGUGGAAGCUCGAGAACAGGAACAAUCGGAUUUCAAUCCGUUGCGAGGCCGCGGUCGCUGAGAAGGAGGCUGGUGAGACUUCGGGCGAGCAGUUUCAGUAUCAAGCUGAGGUCAGUCGUCUAUUGGACUUGAUUGUCCAUAGUUUAUACAGCCAUAAGGAAGUGUUUCUUCGAGAGCUCGUCAGCAAUGCCAGUGAUGCCCUUGAUAAGUUGAGGUUCUUGAGUGUUACUGAGCCUGCACUUCUUGGAGAUGCUGGUGAUUUGGAGAUAAGAAUUAAACCAGAUCCUGACAAUGGAACCAUCACGAUAACAGAUACUGGUAUUGGAAUGACAAAGGAGGAGCUCAUUGACUGUCUUGGAACUAUUGCUCAGAGUGGUACCUCAAAAUUCUUGAAGGCUCUGAAGGAAAAUCAGGAUCUUGGUGCAGACAAUAGUUUGAUAGGUCAAUUUGGUGUUGGCUUCUACUCUGCUUUUUUAGUGGCUGAGAAGGUUGUUGUUUCGACAAAGAGCCCAAGAUCAGAUAAGCAGUACGUGUGGGAAGGAGUAGCUGAUAGCAGUUCGUAUGUGAUCAGAGAGGAGACAGAUCCUGAGAAUCUUCUUCGUCGUGGAACACAAAUUACUCUUUACUUGCGGGAGGAUGACAAAUACGAGUUUUCAGAGCCAACAAGGAUACAGAAUCUAGUGAAAAAUUAUUCGCAGUUUGUUUCCUUCCCCAUCUAUACAUGGCAAGAAAAAUCGAGGACUAUUGAGGUCGAAGAGGAGGAGCCACCCAAGGAGGGAGACGAAGCAAAGCCAGAUGAGGAGAAAAAGAAGAAGAAGACAACUAAAACUGAGAAGUACUGGGACUGGGAAUUGGCCAAUGAGACAAAACCGAUAUGGAUGCGGAGCCCCAAAGAAGUUGAGAAAGAAGACUAUCAAGAAUUCUACAAGAAGACUUUCAAUGAAUUUCUUGAUCCACUUGCAUACACUCAUUUCACCACCGAGGGUGAGGUGGAGUUCAGGAGUGUCUUAUAUAUUCCAGGAAUGGGACCUCUCAACAAUGAAGACGUAGUAAACCCCAAAACAAAGAACAUACGCUUGUAUGUGAAGCGUGUGUUCAUUUCUGAUGAUUUUGAUGGUGAACUGUUUCCACGCUACUUAAGCUUUGUAAGAGGUGUGGUGGAUUCAGAUGACCUUCCACUCAACGUUUCGCGAGAAAUUCUUCAAGAAAGCCGAGUCGUAAGAAUAAUGAGGAAGAGACUUGUAAGAAAAACAUUUGACAUGAUUCAAGAGCUUUCAGAAAGUGAAAAUAAGGAGGACUACAAAAAAUUUUGGGAAAACUUUGGGAGAUUUUUGAAGUUGGGAUGCAUUGAGGAUUCAGGGAAUCAUAAACGCAUAACACCACUGUUGCGAUUCUACACUUCCAAAAGUGAGGAGGAGUUGACGAGCUUGGACAAUUAUGUUGAAAACAUGGGUGAAAACCAAAAGGCCAUUUAUUAUUUGGCAUCAGACAGCUUGAAGAGUGCAAGGAGUGCUCCGUUCUUGGAGAAGUUGGUUCAAAAGGAUAUUGAGGUUCUUUACCUGAUUGAGCCUAUCGAUGAAGUUGCAAUUCAGAAUCUGCAGACUUACAAAGAGAAGAAGUUUGUGGACAUUAGCAAGGAAGACUUGGAGCUUGGUGAUGAGGAUGAGGUCAAGGAGAGGGAGACCAAACAAGAGUAUAAUCUGCUGUGCGAUUGGAUAAAGCAACAACUUGGGGAUAAAGUGGCUAAAGUACAAGUGUCGAAGCGGUUGAGUUCAUCUCCUUGUGUUCUUGUCUCUGGAAAGUUUGGAUGGUCUGCGAAUAUGGAAAGGUUGAUGAAAGCUCAGGCUCUUGGGGACACUUCAAGUUUGGAAUUCAUGAGGGGCAGAAGAAUAUUGGAGAUCAACCCCGAUCACCCCAUUGUUAAAGACCUAAACGCUGCCUGCAAGAAUGCACCAGACAGCGCCGAUGCCAAGAGAGCAGUGGACCUCCUAUAUGAUACAGCAAUAAUCUCUAGUGGAUUUACUCCCGACAGCCCAGCCGAGUUGGGGAACAAGAUAUACGAGAUGAUGGCAAUGGCUCUUGGUGGGAGAUGGGGGAGACUGGAAGAAGAAGAAGAAGAAGAAGAAGAAGAAGAAGAAGAAGCCAUGGAGUCGUCAGAGGAAGGUUCUACUGAAUCGAGUGCUGCAGAACCUGCGGUUGCCGAGGCCGAGGUGGUAGAGCCCUCAGAAGUAAGGGGGGAGAGUGAUCCUUGGAAUGACUAAGAGAGGGUCUCUGGAUUGAAGAGAUUUUCGGAAAUACCACAUUCUUAGGCAAAAUUGUGCCACUUUGGACCAAUGUGGUGUGGGAUUGGAAAGGCAAAUAAGAGAUCUCUACAACUUAUGGGUUGGCAAAGACUAGUGAAAUUGUGUCACCCUGCACUUGUACUCCCACAGAUUAGGUGAUUGAAUGGCUUGUGAAAUUUUGCUAUUGAUAAUGUGUUUUU